AACAACUUUGAUUCAACCAGUUUGUGUCCAGUGUGUAGGUCAUCAAAUAUGUAUUGUACCUUCCCGGAACUUAAACCACCAGAGAUGACGGACGCAUUUGAUGAAACACAGGAAAUAUCAAAGGAAGAAUACCUUUGUUUACAUUGGUCCGAAGAAGCAGGAAACGCUUCAAUUUGAUUAGUUUAGAAAUUAUCUAGGCACGUUUUCUUGUUGAAUCACUUUGCAAAACAAUGAAAAACGAUCCAAUUGUCUUGUUUAGUUAGCUCUCUGGAGCAUGGUGAUGAUGUCAGCUUGCUACGAUGGUAGCUAGCUAGCUAUCUCGACGUUAGCAACAAUCAGUCGCUAGCUAAACAGUUCACGGAGGACGACUGACUAUGAUUUUUGACCUCCGAUGUUAUUAAGAAAUUAAAAGAUUUAUAAACGUUUAAACAAAAUGGAUAUCAGUCUAACAGUUUCCCUAAUGCAGGGCCAGAUGGGUACCGUGAUAGAGAGAGCGGUGAGUGCCGCUGUUGAGACGGUGUUAGGGGAGAUGCUGAAGGUGGUCGGUAUUAAAUUCGACGAGCUGAAGAGGGAGGUCGCAGCAAAAGAAAAAGAGACCGAGGGCAUCAGACAGAUGCUGGACAUAUCCCGAUCUCAGAUGAAGACAAUGCGGAAGUACAUGAACGCUCUGGGUGCCAGGCAGCAGGAGCACUCUGCCACUUACCGGACCAACCAGAGUACAGCAUUCGGCCAUUCGGAUCCGCAUAGACCUCACGGUUCCUCAGCGGCUGCAUCCGAGGCAGCACAGUCCUCAGGUUUACCACAACCACAGAGAAGGACGGUUACCAACACCCACAUUGGCAUUACAAAUGGAAACGUACAGUCAAGAAAUCAAAUCACUAUCGCCCUACCUUUUGAUAACUUAGCCGGUUCCUCCCAACCUUCUGAGAAUAUUAUCAGGGCCACAUCAUCAUCGUUUGACAGCCAUGAUGACCUGACUGCCACGGUCUCACAAGCUCUGGAGGGCCCAUCAUUGAUCACCACUGUCUCUGCAAUAAACAGUUCAUCAGAGCACCUGGAACCUUUGAAAGAGGAGCCCCCAGCCCCCCUUGACCCCGAGGUGUCUGAUGAGAGCCAGAGGAGGGAGGAGGAAGAGUGUCAGGCUGAGUGGACCAUCAUUACACAGCCACCAGAGACCAGCACAGACCCUGGGGACCAGCCGGUCCUCYCCCCACCCAGGACUGACGGAGCAGAUUGCUUUGCCACCACGGCUGCUGGGAGUGCCCAGCCACCCUCUCAGUUCCUGUCCCAGCCUCGGCUCCAGGUGAAAGAGGAGGAGGCCGAGGUGGACAUCAUCUGUAUCAAGCAGGAACCUGAGGACGUUGAGAGUUUGCUGUUCAACCUGGCUGCUGAGGUCCUCAACGCCCAGGGAAACCUUUUAGACAGGCACACUCAGGGGAGCCUCCUGGACUGUCACAGGACAGUAGCCUCACAGGGCCAGAGCGACAGGACAGUAGCCUCACAGGGCCAGAGCGACAGGACAGUACCCUCACAGGGCCAGAGAGAGAGGACAGUACCCUCACAGGGCCAGAGAGAGAGGACAGCUUCCCGUCCCUCACAGAGCCAGAGGACAUUAACAGAGCACACAGUGUUCAGCUCAGCCAGCCCUUGUACAUAUGGGCUGUCCCAGCCAGUGAUGUCCAUGUCACGCGGAGUUGCUCCCAGGCCAGAUGGUGGUCCGUGGCCAAAGACCUGAGUCUCUACGAGGAGUUUAAAAUGAGCACGAACUGAAGCUGAGGAGAGAGCCAGACCCGUCGGAGGGAGAUGGAGAAGAACCUUCCCAGCCUCUAUUAGCCUGACCUGGUGAAGGAGAGACGGGAGAAGACCCGGCUCAGAGUGGCCCGCUGGAGAGCCAAGAGGAAGAUGCAGGCCUGUCUAUUGACUCAGAAUGAGCAAGACACACACCCA